AUGGCUCGUGGUCGUGAUUUUGCGUAUCUACUCUUGUAUGUUGACGACAUUAUGCUUAUUGCAUCAUCUCUAUUACUCCAACAAAACUAUGCUGCUGAUAUUCUUCACCGAGAAAAGAUGACGAAUUGCAAACCCUGCCUCACACCAGUUGAUACACUGUCAAAACUUGCUGAAGCGGUUGGUGAUGCAGUUGAUGAUCCUACCUUGUAUCGCAGUCUUGCUGGGGCAUUGCAAUAUCUCACUAUCACUCUUCCUGACAUAUCAUAUGUCGUCCACCAAAUAUGCUUGUACAUGCAUGAUCCGCGAGUACCUCAUUUCAGUGCACUUAAACGCAUUCUCCGAUAUGUUGAGGGUACUAUCCAUCAUGGUCUCCAGCUCUAUACAUCAUCCUCUAACGAUCUUAUCGCCUACACUGAUGCAGAUUGGGCUGGAUGUCCUACGACUCGCCGAUCAACCUCUGGGUUUUGUGUCUUCAUGGGUGAUAAUCUCAUCUCUUGGUCAUCAAAACGUCAAUGUACGAUGUCACACUCUAGUUCUGAGGCAGAAUAUAGAGGUGUUGCGAAUGUGGUCGCUGAGGCUACUUGGAUACAUAAUAUUUUUCUUGAGUUACGUUGUCCUCUCUCCAAAGCCUCCCUUGUCUUUUAUGAUAAUGUUAGUGCGGUCUACAUUUCGUCUAAUCCAGUUCAACACCAGCGCACCAAACAUAUCGAAAUUGAUAUACAUUUUGUUUGGGAAAAUGUGGCUCAUGGUCAAGUCAAAGUCUUUCAUGUUCUGUCGUCUCUCCAAUACGCCGACAUCUUCACAAAGGGACUUCCCACUACCAUAUUUUGUGACUUUCGUUCCAGUCUGAAUAUCUGGCCACCUCCUGCUCUGACUGAGGGAGGGUGUUAG